AUGUUGGUGACUCAGGGGUCGACUGAUGAGAAUUCCGCAAACAAGCGGCAAGAAGAAAUUACAGACACCCCUGCAGCGGUCUCUAACAAAGUUAGCGGUGCAUUAGCUGACAUUCUUGACAACUGUAUUAAUGGAACAGCUGAACAAAUCAAACAAGAGCGUAUUUUUAUUGUUAGUAAGAAGUUACUUGUUCUGUUGGCGCAGUAUGUGCCUUGGGAUGGCACGGUUGUGGAAGGUCCUAUGGAUGCGGUGUAUAGUCGGAUUCGUGAGGAGUUGGAAUUGCUGCAUCGUGAAUUGGGCAUAGAUUUGUGGUCGAAGCCUCUUAACUGGUUUGCUAAUCAUGAGUACAUGCUGAACUCAUGGUUGUUCAUGUACUUGAAGAUCCAUCACAUUCUGAGUCAGUGUAUUCGGUGCAAGCCGUCGCGUCCUACCUUGAUGCGUACGAAUGGGUAUGAGACUAUUUCUUUGGCCUCUGCAAUUUAUCAUGUUGAUCUGGAUCAGCCUGGGUUGGACUACGGGAAUUCCUCUGAGUCGACUAGUUCGAGCACGAAGGCAUCAAAUGAGGGGACUAAAAAGGCAAUAUCCGAUGAAGAACUUCUGGACAAAUCUGUUGAGGAAGAGGUGGCCAAGCUUUGGCCCGGCACGGAAAUUUACUUGUACAUUGCACCUGACUUGUGGUCGCAGGAUGAACCCGUCACGCAGCCGUUGGUGCGCGAAAUGAACACUGAAAACGCCAUGGGGAGCAACAAUGAAGAAAACCGGAUUGGCGAAAACGGCGGUCGAAAAAGUGUGAUAUUAAUACCUCUGGAUGAGGGCCAUGUGUCCAUGGCCGUCACCUCCUACGGAAGGUUCGAUGCAUAUUUGUUAGCCUCGAUUGCAGAAUGUUUAUUGCCUGUUAUUGAGAGGAAUCCUGAUACGUUGAUGCUGCCAAAUUUGCUGUUGCAGGACAAACAAAUGGUGUUGAGUCGUGCAUCACACGGCCGCCGGGUUUACGAGGACGCCACAAGCACGUUUGUGGUGACGCCAGCAAAGUUUGACUGGUACAAUACGUUGCUAACGUCGGGAAGUUUGAAAGCUGUCCAGGACACGUUUGUAGAUUUCGCGUCAGAGAUUUGGCAUACUCAGUUUAAUAGAUUCGAUGAGGACAAUGUGGCUCGGUUGGAGACGUUGAUGAUAGCAUUAUUGGGUCACAAGCAUGACAUGGUUCGUUCCCAGUCAUCGGUAUGUAUGAAUAAUAUUGUUGACAGGCACGAUUGGCAGCAAGAAAUCCCGUUUUUACCUACGAUUAAGACGACGGAGGAUCAGUUUACAAUCGAAGUGAAUCUGGAUAGGCCGGAUCAUAAGGCACCGGAGGACGUGUUCGUGAUCGUAAGUGCGCCUUCACGGACUAGAACCGCCGAAGUGUAUACGUACCAUUCUUUGGAGUGGGUAGCGGAGGGCGAGGGCCGACACUGGCGGGGCGUUUGUCAGUUCGGUCAUUUCCCGCGCGCUGGUUUCUACGACUGGCGCCUGGUCAGGGCGGAUAGGACAUCUGGGUCGUGGCGUGCUGUGCAUGCCACCAUCGAAUCACUCCGUCGGACCUGCACAGGAAGCUUCAGCUUGGCGCAAUUGUCGGACACCAGUUCCUCCGAUGUUGAGUUCAAUAGCCGCAACCUGUGGCCCGAAUUAGGACGACUCAAGGAGGUACAGGAGGCCACAGGACAUUCGGCCUUCCGUACUCUUCCAUUACAAGGCCGCUUCAUUGUGCAGCCUGGUGCCGUGCGUUCGUUGUGUCUUCACGAAAUUAAUGUAGAUUCGUUUGGCGCCAAAUACGACGAUACUCAUGAUCGGUUUGCGGAACGUGGUACCUUCACGAAAGUCAAAGAGAAACUAACACACUUCAAAACCAAUGGCGUAACGGGUUUAUGUCUUGCCGGAUGUCAGGCACGGAACAAUGGGAAGGUCAGCUACUCCCGCUCAGCCGGUGACUCGCAGUAUGAGAACCCCGACGCCAGCCCAUAUGCUGUCACAUGUCGCGCCAGUGUGUGCGAGGUUGUGGGUGGACGAGGCCGCCUUGAUGAUCUGGUGCGAGAAGCGAACCGUCAGGAUGUCAAGAUCAUCGUCGAUUUUCAGAGCCGCGUAGCUGCAGCCGGGGCACAUCGUAAGUACAAUUUUCGCGGGCUCCGGUGCGUAGAUUCUAACGGCCGAUGCCGAUCACUCCUCAAGGGUCACGGCAAAUAUUUCGCUGCCGAAGAGAGUUGCGAACUCGACUACCGUGAGCGCGAAAAUUGGGAACUAUACAUCGAAGACAUCUGCGAGUGGGUCAGCACUCACCGAGUUGAUGGACUCAAACUCGACUGCGCCCAUCUGCUACCCCGCAUCUACCCCGUCAACGAGAACGAACUCAACCGAUUGGACCCUGACAACCUCAACCACUACUCCGCCUUCGAAAGGCUUAGAGGCAAAGUCGUCCUGCCUGUACACAAAGACGCCGGCUUCUGGAGCUCCACCGCCGCGGCCGGUCACUGGCCUAACCCAUUCAUCACUAAGGUCGCACGCGAAAUCUGGAGACGUAAUCCUGACUGCAUACUCAUCGCGGACUGCGGGCUACUCCCCGAUGGCGAAGAAAAGAAACUCGGCGUCCUGGCCAGAUCUGGAAUGGUCCCGCUGAUGCAGUCCUUGCCGAAUAUUCUCUUGAAAAUAUUCGGGAAGGAAAUCAAUGAUAAGUAA